AUGGGGGGCUGCGCCUGGAGGUGCAGGGGGUGGUGGUGCGCGUGGAGGUGCGGGAAGCUGUGCGUGGAGGUGCCGGAGGCUGCGCCUGGAGGUGCUCACGAGGUCUCCAGCUUCCAAAAGGUGGAGAAGCACGGGCUUCCGGGGGCCUGGCCUGGACCCCUUUCCCCACUCCUGUCCCUGUGCCCCUCGUCUGAGUGUGUUCGGUUUGACAUGAAAAGCACCACAGUGAAAGAACAUCAGUGCGCCUCCUCACCAGCCAGAUGUGGGCAGGUCCUGCCUGUCCCUGCUCGGGCAUGUGUGGAGCUUGCAGUGAAAGAGGCUCUCUGGACCCUCACCCACCACCAUGGCCGGGUUAGAGACCGGCUACCUGCAAAACGCACUUUUGCAGCCCCCACAAAGGUGGGCAGGUAGCCGGCCCUCAUUGAAUGCGGGGUUAGUUUAACUCAGCCUCUGUGUGAGUGGAUGAUUCAGGUUGCCAGAGACAGAACCCUUAGCUUGGCAUGGGAGGUGGCUCCCCUGUCGGCCCUGAGUUCAUCUGAGGUUGGCUUGGAAGGUGUGGGCACCAUUUAGCCCAGUUCUUAAAUCUCUGAAGAGAGCAGCAGGAAUGCUGAACGGAGACAACUUUGCAUCAAAGGUCCCUUUCAGGGCCAGACCUGCCCCUCACACCGUGCUGCUCUGCCCAUGCCCCGCCCAUGAGGGGGUGAGAGUCAGGCGACCUCGUGCCAAGUGUAGAAAGGGGCAGACGAGGUCCAGGCUAUGACGUCACCAUGCAGGGCAGAGAUGGCACGUCUAGAUCUACUAAAGGUUUAAAGGAGAAGAGGUGACUUGACUUCUUCUGAGAUAUUUUGGGGUACAAAGUGUGGAAAAGUGGCAAAGGACACAGUCCCAGCCUCCCUUAAAAGCCAUUAAAGCCUAGAAAAAUUGUCUGAAACAAACCUCAGCCAUAACACAGACCAACACUCGAAUCUCCAGGAGAAAAGACAA